UGAAGUUCAGCUGCUCGCCGACGAAGGAGGACCAGGACGGAAGUCUGGAUGCUAGGACGGAGGACGCAGGACGCAGGACGCAGGCAUGCAGAAAGGCCUCAAAAAGUACUUCGUCAACAUGGACGACUACCUGGGCAGCCUCGGUCUCUACCGCAAGAUGGUCGCCAGGGACGCGUCCAGCCUCUUCCGGGCCGUCUCCGAGCAGUUGUACUAUUCUCAGAACUAUCACCGCACGAUUCGUCAGGAUUGCGCCGACUUCAUGAGGGCGAAUGUCAGCGUCUUUGAGCCGUUCGUCGAAGGCUCAUUUGACAAGUAUCUCGAGCGCCUGGAGGACCCCAAGGAGACGGUGGGUCAAGUGGAGAUCAAAGCUCUGUCACAGCUCUACAGGCGCUGCUUCCUGAUCUACCGUUACCCCGGGAAACCCGCCACCGUCAUCUCGGAGGGCGACUUCGUCGACAAGGUAACGCUGUCCUGCUCCAUCAACGGUCACUACGACAUCGUGUACCCCAGGAGUUACAUCAACUCCGCCGCCCUGUGCCAGUCCAUCGUGUACGAGCUGCUCUACACGAAGGUGUUCAGUUGGGAGGAGGCGGAGCUGAGUCAGGCCAUGGAGUCGUUCAGGGUCGGAGGUCGUCGCUAUAGAAACAGCCCGUCUGCAAGUAGCGAUGUCGACUUUGGCUAUGACGUCCCUGAGGACAGAGUUCACAGGGAGGAGGCGGAGUCAAGCGAGGAGAAGCCACGAGUGUCGACGACGGAAGACGUCAAGCCGCCAUCAGAAGCCCCGCCCCCGAGCCGACUGUGCCUGCCUUAUAAGGUGAUGAAGUCGCUGGACGGAGACAUUUACCGAAACGUGGAGUUUGACGUCUGGCAGGACACCUGCAAAGAGAUGCAGAAGGCGGACUACAUGGUGUUUGCGGGCCGCCAGUACUUCCUGGGGGAUAAAUGUCAGGUGCGCCUGGAGCCCAAGGGGAAGUACUUCAACGCCUUCAUCCAGGAAGUGGGAACGCACUCGAGUGCGGUCACCGUCUUCAUUGAAGAGUUGGGAGAGAAACAUUUGGUACCGCUGAUGGACCUGAAACCCGUCAAUCCGGUUCCGGCCUGGAACGUGUCCGCUCCGACCCGCAAAGGCGAGCUCGACGCAGAGGUGCGAGGUCACCAGCGGCACCCGCGCCAUCGCUACUUCCGGAAGUCCAGAGGGGGCGGUGCUGUCGUCAAGGGGGCGGAGCUGGCGAUGCCCCCGCCCUCCUCCUACGGAGGUCCCGCCCCCUCUCCGCUCCCGCCCCGCUUCCAGCCGGCGGGGCACCCCCGGCCCCCCUUGCCGCCUGCCCCCCCCGCCGCCGGAGCCGUGCCUUACGAUCCCUACGCUCCUCCGCACCACCAUCAGCACGCGGCCAGACCGCCGAGAUACGGUGCCACCAGAAGCUCCACCCGUUUUGUGAACCGUCACCUGAUUGGUCCUCAGUUUUCCUACUACCCGCCCGGCAGGCGUUACUACGACUACGACAGCGUCGCCUUCAGGUCUCGUCGCAGUCGUCGUCACGCGGCGGUGGCGCUAGCCAAAGAGUGUCACUUUUUCAACGCCGACGAGCCGCCGGCCGAACUGGACGCCGCCGUCUCGUACUUCCACGUCGACGAUGCCGGCGGCCACGACGUCUUCGCGACCCUCACGAGCGUGGGAGCCCCGCCCCCUCCCUCCGGCUCAUCCUAUCGCGUCCAGAGAGGCUCGGGGUGCCUCCCGCUCACCCCGCAGGCAGGUGGCGCCCUCGGGUGUUCGUCAGAAGAAGAGCAGGAAGACGUCGGCGCUGUCGAUGAACAGGAUUUCCGAGAGGACUUUAGCUACGACGCUCGCGACGCCAGCUACCAGACGCCAAUCGUCUACACGAGCGACACCGCCCACAUCGACACGCCCGCCGGACAGGACCAGGUGGAAGGGGGUGUGGCUGAGUCACCGCCAAGAGCUGAUUUGAGCUACAGCUACACGCAGCAGGUGGUAAAGCCAGUGGCGGUGAUUUCUUCCUCCCCGUCCUCCUCUUCCUCCUCUUCGCCCUCGUCUUCAUCAUCCCGUUUGCCCGCCGCCGUUCACAUGCCCUCAGCGACGCAUGCGCAACCUCGAUCAGUUGCCAUGGCGAUCCCAGCUGCCACCCCCUGGUUGGUCAAUGAGCUGGGGGAGGGGCUGUGCUCUGUGGUAGCUCCGCCUCCUUACUCCUAUGACCCCAAUGGCUGCGACCUGCCCAGAGACUGUCGCGUGCUUCAGUUUUACUUCAACCUCGGCGUGCAGUGGUACCAUCAGAGCUGCUGGCAGCCGCAGCAGGCGUACCCCCCCUCGUACUCUCCCGAUGCUGCCUACCCCUACCAGCACUACCCGCCCCCCUACCUGGGCCAGGAAGCCCCCCUGCACGCCGCCCCCCCCUCCUACCCUGAGUCAGGGCGCGGACCCCACCAGCCGCCGCCCCCCUACCCAGAAUCCAACAGGAUGGCCGAGAUUCAGACGGACGCGCACGGCGGCGGCGGCCCCGCUCAUCCAACGGAAGGCCCCUCCCUCAACCCGCCGCCUUCGGGCGCAGCGAUGUACCCGGACCAGAUGCCCCUACCUUCCGUGCUGCACCUGCCUUACGAAGCUCCGCCCCCGGCCGCCUACCUGUCAUCUGCCCCGCCCCCUCCUCUGGCUCACUCUCCCCACCACUCUUACCACCCCAUCGUGCCCGCCUCCGCACAUUGGGGAGGACACGCCUCGCGGGUCUACUGCCCCGCCCCCAACCCCGCCCACGUGGUGGGUUACAUCACCGCUCCGUCCGCGCACUUCAUGCCGCCUAGCGCCUGACGCGCGCUUGCGCCGACCCUGGCUAGCUCGCCACUGAAUUAAGUUUGUUUAGCUUGUUAGGAUGGGCAUCUUUGAGUUUGUGCCAGCCAAUCGGAGAGGAGGGUGUGCCCCUGUCCAUUUUUUGUUGAAGGGAUGUUUUGUUAGCGGAUCGGUUUUUGUUCACUUGGUUAAUAAAGUUUG